AUGCGGCCACUGACAGUGGAUCCAAACAUUCUACGCUUCCAGUUUGUCAAGACCGUGCGCCUCGUGGACGACUCGAUGGACGCCAUUGUUAACCGCACGUGGGACGCGUUCCACGACCCGAAGAAGUUCGCGUCCAUCUACAGCACACCUGUGACCACCCGCGUCAUUCAAAAGGUCACUGACGACAUGACCGUGCUCAUUCAGAAUGCCCCGGUUCAAUCCGACCACAAGCGGAAUAUCCGCUACUUUAAUAUCCUUGCACGCGCGCGAGGGCUUAAUACGCAAAACGAACGUGUCGUGGCGCUCCUCAAGACGAUCAUGAGCCCAACCGACUGCCAAGGCGUCGGCGACAUCACGGCUCAACUCCACGAGAUCGAGUGGAUGAAGCGCGGCAUCUCGUACUUGUUACUGACCGAGGAACCGACGAGGACCGACGCGCGAACGUUUCGUCUACAUUACGGCUGUGACUACGAGUGUGUGAGUGAGGAGCACGCGCGGUAUCUCAUGGUGGAAGUGCUAAGUAUCGCCUGUCGGUGGGAGCGACUGGUCUUGCCGUCGCACCGCCUCACCUUUUGA